UUGUUGGAAUCGCUGAACACCAGUCAUGUCAGAGUUGAGUGGGAAGGUCCAGACCGUCCUGGGCCUGGUGGAUCCGGACCAGCUGGGCCGCACAAUGACCCACGAGCACCUGACCAUGACCUUUGCGUGCUGCUACUUCCCCCCUCCUCAAGGCGACGAGGCAGUGGCUGAGAACCCGUUCCAGAUGCAGCACAUGCACUGGCUGAGGCAGAACCCCUACAGCAGCCACGAGAACCUGCUGCUGCAGCAGGAAGUCCCCGCCGUGAGGGACGAGCUGCUGGCCUUCAGGAAGGCCGGCGGGGGAACUAUCGUAGAGAACACGACCACAGGCAUCGACCGGGACCUGCCCACCCUCAAGCAGCUCUCAAAGGACACAGGGGUCCACGUAAUAGCAGGAGCAGGGUACUACGUGGACUGCACCCACACUGAGGCCACCAAGAGAAUGAGUGUGGAGAAGCUCACAGACAUCAUCGUCAGCGAAGUGCUUCACGGCGCCGACGGUACUGACAUCCGCUGCGGAGUGAUCGGAGAGAUCGGCACCGGCUGGCCCAUCACUGAGAGUGAGACGAAGGUGCUGAGGGCCACGGCUCAUGCUCAGACACAGCUGGGCUGCCCCGUCAUCAUCCAUCCCGGCAGGAACCCCGCGGCUCCGGCUGAAGUCCUGCGGAUUCUUCAGGAGGCCGGUGGUGACAUCAGUAAAACUGUCAUGUCACACCUGGACAGGACUAUAUUUGAUGAUGGUGAACUGCUUGAGUUUGCGAAGCUGGGGUGUUACCUGGAGUACGAUCUGUUUGGAAUAGAGAUGCUGGACUACCCCUACAACCUGGAGGUGGACAUGCCCAGUGACAGCCAGAGAGUGAAGGCCUUGGCGUUACUCGUGAAGGAGGGCUACGGCGACAAGGUACUGGUUGCACACGACAUCCACACCAAGAACCGUCUCACAAAGUACGGCGGCCACGGCUACUCUCACAUCCUAAAGAAUAUUGUGCCGAAGAUGCUGAUGAGGGGGAUCUCGCAGCACCAGGUGGACAAGAUCCUCAUCGACAACCCCAAACACUGGCUGACCUUCAAAUAAGCAAGAAAAGGGAGAAAACCAGAGAGCAAUUUGAUUAAGCAUUUUUCUUUAUCUUCACGCUAAUAAAUCUCACAAUGAAGUCUAGAAUGAAGACAAUGAGAUGUUUGCAAUAACCACAGUCCAAACUCUAAAACCAAUGAGCUUGUGUUGUUUGUGGAUUAAUUUGUCACCAGUGUCAACACUUAUUGUCUAGCAUUGUCUUUCGAAUGGAAAACAUUAACAGGCUGUUGUUUCAUCCAGCGGAGAGGCUUUUUUUAUAUAGAGGCCCUCAUUCAUUAAAACUUGAUUUUAUAUUUGUGAUCAUACAUUAUUCACUUUUCUCGAAAUAAAGCUUUAGAGGAUCACAGUGCCUCAUUAGCACUGUUUUAGUCCCAUUUAUGUCACCACAAAUCAAAUUGUCUUGCGAAUGCAAUCUAAAACAAAUAUUUUUGAAUUAUCUAAAGUUGUGCUCUCAAAAGAGGUGAUUGAUUUUUGUUCAAUGUCAAUGUUGUAGCAAAAUGCAAAGAUGUUUUUGGAGAAUAAAUAAUGAGCGUGGCAGUAAUCAGUAUGCCGCUCUGCUCUCGAUGCGGCUGCGUUAGAUGAGUUGUCCUGUUGCCCCUCAGUGGGUGUCUGGGUGUCAAUGGGAGGCUGACUGGAUGAAGGACAUGUUCUCCUCUCAUCUGGGAACAGGUGGCCUCACAGGGUGACUUCGCCACAUGAUCAAUGGCAUGAUCGCCACAAGUGACUGUGCGCCGUGAAAAAACAUCUAACUUUGAUUAAUCUUCGGAGAGGAUUACAAAAUGAGACAGAAGGUUUAUUUUUGACAUGAUUUUGUACACAUUAGUUGACAGUCUUAUAUGAAGGGGUUCACAAUCGGCAGGCGGAUCGAUGAACAUCAAG